CCCCCUGAGCAUCCAUGGAGAAUAUGUGUGUGAGCUGCGCCUGAACCGAGAUCUCAUAACCAAAAGUAUCUUCCACCAGCCUCCACCUGUUGAUGGCGACGCUUCAUCGGGGCGAGGUGCGUUUCCAGAGCCCUGGUUCCUGUACGUGUCUCUCCUCCUGGUGCCCAUCGUCAUCCUGCUGAGCCUCGUAGCUGCCCUGCUGGUGUGCAGAUGUUUGCCAACAUCUGGCUGAAACGGAAAGACUCCGCCUGAGGCAUCUUCAUAGACGGGGAGAAUCGGGUCUGGUUAAAAAAGGGGAGCACUUAGAAUGUAAAUACUGUUUACUGAAUGUAUAACUUAUCCUGCUCCGUCAAGUAUUGACAUGGCGGCAUCUUAAUUCAGGGGCACAACCUGCCAAAGUGCAGUUGUCUCGAACCUGUACAGUUGGGUAAUAUCGUGCGAAAAAUGCAUUAAAGGAAGCAAUAUAAUGAUUUAUUUUAAAGUGGGUGUUUCCGGAUUAAAGAAAGCCACAAAACACUGUUUACGUAUUUAGGGAAAAUAACACGCAUUUUCCUAAUUACACGUCCACCAUGUACACUGUCUAUACUGCAGGCAGAGUAUCAACGGGCACAUUGCAUUUAUUCUGGACAGACCUGGUCGCACAUUUGUCAGAGGAAGGACAAGGAUGCAAUCAGCACAAUAAUCCUCACUGCUGGCAUGGUGACAUGGGCACACACACACACACACACACACACACACACACACACACACACACACAUACACGCACACACGCACUGACUGGACUGAUUCCCCUCACUGAGUCAGAGAGCGAGUCAGUGCACCUGUAGUUAUGUCACACGUGCACGUGCUCUUUUAUGUGUGUGAUAAUGACUAAGACAGAAAGCAGUGAAAAGAGGGUUGAAAACCUGUUGUUUGUCAGUUGAAGUGUCAGAUGGAAAAAACAGGGUGAGUAAGACCUGGACAAUAAAAUCUUGAUGGAGGGAGGAUUUAUUGCAGGUGUUUCUUUCCGCUGCCCUGCUUCUCAUCUCAUAAACAAUGUUGUUGUUUAUAUUUUAAAUCGUUGAUAUUGUUAAUGUAAAAAUCUUUUCCACAUGGACCUUUGGUACAACCUUGAAUAACAUAUUCAACUCUAACCUUUCUUUUUUGAUUCAAUGUGUUUAACGUGAAACUCUUCACAUCAGAUGAUUCUCAAGUCCACCUGUUUUUCUCUUUGCCAACACGUGGUGGUUUCUGGAAGCAAUGAACGCGUCACAUGAAACCCUGUUGCCAUAACAACGGCUCUAGGCUUCCCCGUCAUCCUCCUCCUCCUCUUCUUUCUCCAUCCUUCUCCAGCGACGUAUCACACCCUCGCUCCUCCUCCCCCCCAUAUGCACCCCCUUCAGCCUCCCUGCAGCCUUCAACCUGACCAAAGACUGACACACGGCGUCAUCUCUCGAGAUUACUGUUUUUCCUUUUUGUCGUUCUCCAGGAGGAACGCGCGCGUCUCGGAACAGACCUUCCAGACGCGCGACUCUUAAGGAGCAACAAGAAGUACGAGUUGUUUAUGCCUUUUUUGGUCCGUCCGCUGAUCCUUAAAUGCGCGAUGGUCCCCGGCGUGAGUUUCCUCCAUCGUUUGACAGCCCGACGCGGGAUGGAAGCCGUCAUCCUCUGAGCCGUCAAUCAGGACCAGACGGCCCAUGAAUACGGAUCAAGACGUGACGGGGGGAAAACGCACACAACGCAAACGCUUUGCUGCGUUUAUUUUGAUUUUUUUUGUUUUUUAGGACCGACAGGAUUUUCUUUUUACCAACUUUAAAUUUCUAGUUUCUUGCGUCAACACGCUAUUGCGCAACAGCGCGUCAGAACGGCGCACUCCAGACUGGAGUCAUGCACCGGUGACCCGCAUGGGCAGCAGGGCUGCUACAUGAGCAAACCCGGCAGGAGUAAACUGACUUUGCAUGAUGAGAGAUAUGUAGUUGUACCUCUGCAAUGUGGACUGUAGAAAGAGAGCAAUAACUCUUAAUACAACUGCUGAAAAUAGGGGGAUAGUUGCAGCUUCUUCCAAAGUCAGAGCGAGGUGGAGACGAGCGGGAAGAUGCUUCCAUUCAUCCCACACAGGCUGUGGAUCCACUAAGCAACGUCCCUUCUUUCUGUCCUCAUGCAUAGUUGCACAUAAGGGGAAAAGUGCAGCUGAAUGUUCAUACAUGCAUUAUUCAUUUACGCGGUAAUAGAGCUUUUAACUGCAGCACGCGCCCCUGCACAUGCUGCGUCUUCCGUCUUCACCACAGAUUUCUGACCAGACGUCUUCUGCUGGCCUACGUGGAUAAUCGCCAACACUGCCGUCCAUCGGCCGAUGGUUUGUCAGUGUCCUGGCGUUAUCUGGUGCACAUUGUGGAGCUCAACAGGCUAAUGGGUAAAUAGUCGAACAAAGGCCCCUUUGGUGCGGACAAAAAGGCAGAAAUCUGAGACGGAGUGAUCCGUCCCUCUGGGAACUCUCGCACACUCAGAGGCUGGACGGAGUGAUUCGGAUCCUGAGGGCGGCAGGGGAAAACGCUUUCCACUGUGCUGGAGACCAGAUAAGCAAGAAGAAGAAUCCCCCACGCCUCGAACCAGCUCCUUGAGAAGAAGAGGAAGACCCCCGAGUGGACCACACCCAAAGCACCAUGAGUCUCCUCUCCUCUCACCUCCCACACCUGUAAUGCUAGUGGGGACAUCUUUGGCAUCGUAGAGGAUUUGACCACCAAGCUGGAAUAGCUGCUGUCUAGAUCCGAGUUGUGUCUCCCUUUCUGAAGUGUGCUUGUGUUUGUGUGUGUGUGUGUGUGUGUGUGUGUGUGUGCGUUUGCCGGGUGUGUUUUUUGACAACGCCGGGAGCCGCCGGCAGUCUCUGUUCUUCUGUCAGGAUGUCUGCAGUCCUGGAGCUGCUGCUAUCUCUGGCCCUCCUGGCGCUACAAGCGUCUCCGUGCCGCGGGGCCUGCGUGGAAGUGGACUCCAACACGGAGGCCGUGGCCAACGAAGCCUUCACGCUGGGCUGCAUCUCCUGCAAGAUGAGGGGCGAGGUGCCCGCCACCGCCUACGUCGAGUGGUUCUUUAAGGCCUCGGACGCAGACAACUUCACCAAUCUGUACAGCUACGUGAAAGGAAAACCCGCCAUCAGCGACCCGCGUUUCUUCGAUCGCCUGAAGUGGAACGGCAGCAAUCACACCGAAGACCUCCAGGACGGCUCCAUCGUCAUCCUCAACGUGACCUUCAACGACACCGGGACGUACAAGUGCAUCUUCAAGCGCACCCUCAAGUACUCCAACUUUGAGUUUCAAACCUCGUCCAAUAAGACCGUCGUGGUGAAAGUGGUGCCCAAAUUCACCAGGGGGCUGGCCUCCAUCUUGUCCGAGGUGAUGAUGUACGUCUCCAUCGUCGGGCUGCAGGUGUGGCUCGUGAUCGAGAUGGUUUACUGCUACAGGAAGAUAUCGGCGGCGGGGGAGGAGGCCCUGAGAGAGAGCGCGGCGGAGUACUUAGCCGUAGCGCCGGAAAGCAAGGACCCCGUUGCAGGAGUACAAGUGGCAGAAUAGAACCGGUCGAGGAAGAAUUGAAGAUGGAUGGCUCCGGUAUUGUAAGGUUCCCACUCUUCUCCAGAUGUGGGGAAAUAAAAAGAAGCCGGACCAAAGCGAGGAGGAAACUCCUCUUUUCUUUGAGUUACUUUCUACUAAAAUGUGGAGAAGCCUGAACUGUGUGCUGGAGGGGGGUGGAGGUCCAACCGUACAUUAGUGUAUACGCACAGAUAAUCUCAUAUCAAUAUUACGGGCCUACAUUUACACACACGGCGUGCAUGGAGAACAGCUAUUCAUUACGGCCCGCAUCACGCGCCGGUUAUUCUUGUUCUCAUACUGUUGAAGAGCUGUAGGCUUAAAAUUGGACAGCAAAUGUUCUUUCUUUGAUGAUCUAACACUAUUAGAAAGAAGCAUUUAAAUGUACAUUUAGCAGAAUGCCUAAAAAAAAUAAAUAAAAAAAAAGCAGUUUACUUAUAAAUAAAAACAUAGAAUAGAUUAGCAUCAUUUCAGCCGUAGCUGCAGAACACUCUGUACUAAGGGGAAUUUUUAACUUCCACAUUUUGUUGAAGCGUACAUUAGAAUGUGAGGAACAACUAUUGAGUCUACUUAAUGUUUAGCUCGUCUCUGGAGGCUCUCGUGCAAAAGGAACAUGCAGUCCUUUGCAAAUUCGUGGUUGAACCUAUUAGAAAAAAUGACGUAGCCAGUCAUGUUUUCUUUUUUCAGGGUUAAGUAUUGGACUGGGGAAGAAACGGAUAACUUCCUGUGGCAGUGAGAUUCAUUGCAGGCCGAUACCAAAUGUGGAGCAAACCAAAAAAAGAAAAUGGUCUUUUACAUUUUAGACCCAAAAGUGUCACAUUCAACGGAAUUUGUCUCCAGCUUAAUUCCACACCGAUCUCAGUGUUUGUCUCUGUAGAAACGUAGGGGCUGAUUGUCCUGAUCUCUGUGGGUGAAGCCUUGUUGUAAAGGAACAGCUGUUGCUUCUCUUUGGGGUGAACGCUAGAGGGCAGCAGAGCGGACAAACACUCCCUAUUUCUUCUGCAUCAGCCGAGAAGUCAUCAGAAUGGAGCUUUUCAUCCACACACAAGAAAAAUGAAAUAAGCCUUAUGGUUAAAUAAAAAAAAGUCAUGUCUCAGUUGAAUUUGUUUUGGAAUAAAAUGGUAAAUCGGGUGGUGUCCGAACUUCAGUUCUUUCCAUGGACGUUGAUACUCACACGUCUCUCCCCGAAGAAAAUUAAGUACAGACAUCAAAAGGAAACAUUGCUCUGCAGAAAUUCAUAAAUCUAGAGAAUGAACGAUUAAAAACUGGGGUUAUAAAACCUUCAAUUUAAUAUCGUUGCCUUUUACUCCAUCUGACAGUGAAAAAUUAGCUGACUUUUUUACAUUUGUAUUUGUUCAACCGGCUGUAAUUCUGAUGAGAAACAUAAGCUCAAAAAACUGAUUUAAUUAACUAUUUUACUUUCGAUUAGAUGAUAAAUAAAUCUCACCAUUUCAGUUCCAGAAUCUCAUAUAUCACAUUGAUAUAAAACUAUAAUUCAAAAAUGAUUAAAAUAAUGUUUGAUAAAUUAUUUGAACACAAAUUUGGCUCCAUGUUAUUGUUUUCUAAUCCCUGACCUAUUGUGGCCAAAUAAAGAGUGAGAAAAAGUUAUAUUUAUGAGGUAAAAGCAAACAAAGAGCGAGGAGUCGUUUUAGAACUUUUCAUUUCUCUCCAGGGAGCGGUGUGCAAUCACAUCUUUACAGUUUAUUAUCCCCGCUUCUCAUCCAUCUCUCUCCCAUAAUAUACCCAACCCCCCCCCUCCCAUAAUAAUAAAUAUUACACAAUGUUUUCACCCACAAAGGCCAUGCACAGCGUGGCCCACAUGCUUAUGUAGCCGCCAUUUUCAGUGAAACUCAGAGAGAAGGUGUUGGCGGGGUGAGGGGUGGGAGGGGGCCAGAGAGGUGAGAUAUUUUCACAUCAUCGAGUUGACUGACUGAAAAUUAACAACAAAAAAAUAGAAAAUGAAUCAAAUAAAAAGAAGACGAGUGAUUCAAAUUAAUCUUACAAACGCACACGCA